AAUCUCUGCAGUGUAGUUUAGGACAAAAAAUUGUGGAGUUUCGACUGAUAUUUUCAUAUUGUUCUAUAUUUUAUAUCAGCUGUUAAAAAUUGGUCAAAAGCUUUAAAGUCCACACCAAAACAUAAUAAAAUUUCCAAAUUAAUUAAUAUACUAUAUGUCAAAUAAUGCUCAAAAGUCUAAGAUGAGGAGGGUGCAAUGUUAAAUUCUGAUUAAAAAUAACUACAUGUUCAAUAACCUACUUUUGUAUUUGUAUAUUUUUAUGUCAAGUGCAAUGACAGUGACAAAAGUAGUGAAUUUUAUGAUAAACAAGAUGUUGGGUAAGCUAAGGACUUUAAUGAGAACUUUAGAUCAACCUCUUCAGGCAUAUAUAGUUACUAAUAGCGACCCUCACAAAAAUGAAUAUCUUGCUAAUACUUAUAAACGACUUGAAUUUAUAUCAGGAUUUUCAGGAUCUAGUGCUACUGUUAUAAUUACAGAUAAUAAAGCUUUAUUAUGGACAGAUGGUAGAUAUUACACACAGGCCAACAACGAACUGUCCUCUGACUGGACUCUAAUGAAAUCUGGUUUAGUCACUACCCCUACAGAAGGGACUUGGCUUUCUCAGAACCUGCCAAAAGGAUCAAUUGUGGGUGUUGAUCCACAAUGCAUUGAUUGUACGAUUUGGCAAACAAUCCAAAAUGAAUUAGAAAGGGGUGGCCAAAAGCUGGUUCCUGUUAAGAAAAAUUUAAUUGAUGAAGUAUGGUCAGAUAAGAAACCAGCAGUACUGAAUGAAAUUAAACCUUUGGCACUGAAAUAUUCUGGAAAACUUUCUGGUGAAAAGGUUGAAAAUAUCAGAAAAGCAAUGUUGGAAAAGGAAGUUGAUACUCUUAUAGUAACUGCUCUUGAUGAAAUUGCUUGGCUUUUAAAUUUACGAGGUUCCGAUAUUGAAUAUAACCCAGUGUUUUUUAGUUUUGUUGUAUUGAGCCAUGACUCAUUGUAUUUUUUUGUUGAUGAAACAAGAAUAACAGAUGAAAUUAGAGAUCAUUUUAGAAAUGAAAAUAUUGAUGUUACGAUCCAGCCUUAUGAUAAUGUUUACAAUUUCAUAAGUACACUUAUGAAUUGUGUCAAAAAAGUCUGGGUUCCAAAGACUGCCAGUUAUCUUAUAUAUUCAUUGAUUCCUGAACAAAAGCGCUAUUGUGAGCCAAGUAUAAUCGCUUUAAUGAAGGCAAUUAAAAAUCAAACUGAAGUUGAAUAUAUGGUAAAUGCACACAUACGAGACGGUGUUUCUUUAUGUCGACUAUAUGCUUGGCUAGAAGAGGAAGUGCCAAAAGGUGGAGUUACUGAACUUAGUGCAGCAGCUCAAUUAGAAAAAUAUCGUGAAGAAACUGAUGAUUAUAUAGGCCCCAGUUUUCCAACAAUAUCAUCAUCUGGCCCAAAUGCAGCAGUCAUUCACUAUCGGCCCUCAGAAGAAACUAAUAGAAAGAUAACCGAGAAUGAAAUAUAUUUAUGUGACACCGGUGGUCAGUGGUUAGGAGGAACCACGGAUGUUACAAGAACAAUGCAUUUUGGAAUACCUACGCAAAUGGAAAGGGAAUGUUUUACUCGAGUUUUCAAAGGUCAGACUGCCCUAGGAACGACAAUUUUUCCUAAUAAAUUAAAGGGAAACUGCCUUGAUGCCAUUGCUCGCUUGGCCUUAUGGAAAGUAGGACUUGAUUAUGGACAUGGAACAGGGCAUGGAAUUGGUUCUUAUUUAAAUGUUCAUGAAGGGCCAAUGGGUAUUUCAAAUAGACCAUUUCCUGAUGAUCCUGGCCUUCAAGAAAAUAUGUUUGUGUCAAAUGAACCAGGCUUCUAUCUUGAAGGAAAAUUUGGUAUCCGGCUGGAAAAUAUUGUUCAUAUAACGUCUGCCCAAACACCACACAACUUUAAUGACAGAGGCUAUCUUACUAUGGAUACCAUUACACUUUGUCCUAUUCAAACUAAAAUGUUGCUGAUUUCUGAGUUAACACCCUGUGAAAUUGAUUAUCUCAAUUCUUAUCAUAAAAAAUGCUUUGAGAUAUUAGGACCUUUGCUUAAAAACAAAGGUUAUGAGGCAGCUUAUAAAUGGUUACAGAGAGAAACACAACCUAUAUAAUUAGGUUUAACCAGUCUAUUUUAUAUUACUAAUCAAAAUGUUAAUUUAUUACAUUUAUUGUUUAAUGAUUAUUUUAAAUACUUUGUUAUGAAAAACAAAAUGAUAUUGAAAAAAUAAACUAAAUGUGUUUUCAUUAUGUCUAAAUUUGUUUUA